UGAAGUUGUUCAAAAACGAUCAUUGACAUUGUUAGUAGAUAAAUUAAACUAAUUAGAGUGUAAAAAGUGUUUCAAGGGCCCAAAGUAGUUAAUAAUUUGACAGUGUUGUGUAUUUUCGACGUUUAUGUGUAGACAAAAAUGGCAAAAUAGUAAUUGUUAGGAAAUUGUGUAUGUGGUCGGAAUGAUGGAUAUUAAUCUUCACAUUAGCCCAGCCUCCGCCGUGUUGAUUGGAUGGGUGACGUGCACGCUCACAUAAAGCGUCAAUCAGAUGGUCGUUAUGGAAACCGAUAGGCGUGUAACCUGCUGUGCUGAGUGUCCGCGCAAGUCUCUGCGCGCGGCUGAUCUGCAGACUCUGCGAGGGGAUUUAUAAACGCCACAACAGUGACAAGUUUAAGUCGUGUUCUUCACUUUACAGCAUUUCCACGUCAUCUUUAAGCAGACAAAUAUGUAAGUGGAGAAAACACCCGCUCAUGUAAUUGAUCCAAUAUUGCCAGUGAGAACAAUUAUUGACUGUAAUAGCCUGCUGUUUGAUUAACCAUGUCCACACAAGAGACUGAAUUACCAGACUGCCAAGAGAAGGGGGGCUUGAAGAGAAAACUCACAGGUCCACCCAGGCUUUUGCUGGGGAAGUCAAAAUCAAAGGAGAGAUUUGAAGGUAAAUCACAGAGGCGGCAAAGACAAGCGAAAUAUUGUGAUGGCACAUUGGAGAAUAAUGAUCAAGAGAACAGUGACGGAAAAGAUUAUGAAUCCUCACUUAUUACCCACCACAGCCCUCAAAAAGCCUCAGAGGAGAGGGAAACCAAACCAGAUGCUCCAGGAGAUACCUCAGGAAUUCUUGUAACACUGGAGGAGGGUGAAAGCAAAGAUGAAAAUAUGGAAAGUAAAAUGGACAUGACCAGAAGCACUUCAAAAACAUCCAUUAAGAGGACAUUUUCCUCACUCCUCAGGUGUGGAAAGAGGAAGGAAUCAGACAGAACAGAAAACAAAAACAAUUCUGAACACAACAUGUGCAACUCUGUGUGUGAGAAUAAAAUGAGUAGUGCAAACAAUAAGGAAGUUCUUAAUGGAAAAAGUAAAAAGAGAGUUUUCUUCACAGUGUGGCCCAUUUCUAAGAGAUCAGCCACAUCCAAUGUCAGGUGUAAAGAGCAAGGCAGUGGCAUGGUUUUUCAGGAGAUGACGGCACCAAAAGAUUUGACAUUUAAAAAGAUCUAUCGCAUCUUUCCAAGAAGGAAGAAAGCACAUCCUAUUGAUCAGUUUGAGUCUAGUCCUCACAAUCCAACACAAAAAGAAGAAGCUGAUCAACCGAAUCCAUUCUCUGCAGCUGUUAUGGACACUCCCAAAGGGAGCCAAAAGGAAGAAGACGAAAUAAAAGCAGAAAGCAUUCCAGAGACAUUUACAUUCAGUGCAGAUGUGAGCAGUAACGUCAAUAUGGAGUCUGAAAUGGAUAAAGAGCAGGAAAUGUGUCCUGACCAAGUUGCGAGUUUGAAUGAAGAAGAGGAUCAGGUGUUACAAACAAGUGGUAUUUUGGAUUCUGCGGUUCCUCUGUCAUGUUGCAGUGUUUCCGAGUUUCCGGCCACCACAUCAGGUAGUGAUCUGCUAGUCUUAAAUAAGGAGACUAUAGAGAAUUAUGCCAAAUGCAGGCCAGUGAUUACUAUAGAGCAUGCAUAUUUAUCAGAAGAAGAGAACAUGAAUGAGGCACCACAGUUUGAUGGUCUUACAAUCAAUGGGUCCUGGCAACAUUUAAAAAUAACCAACACACUACAUCCUUCUGACCUAAAUGUGCCUACUGAACAUGACCAUGGCCAAUGUAAUGAGACCUUACUGAUUCAGACGGCAAGUUCAAUGGUGCGAGCAGCCAUCCAUGGUGCUGUGGAACAGCUCACUGUCGAGAUGCAGCACAAUCAGAUAGGUUUGGACCAUGCGUAAUAACCACACAUUCACAUUCUUUAUUCAGCGAAUGAAUUUCAUGAUUUUUUCUGAGAUUGUAUACAUAAGCUGCAUAAAAGGAGAGGAAUUUUAUUAAUGCAUGUAUAAACACAUUGGAAAUGUGAUGUCAGAUUGUGGAAAAGUUUGUAUUCACUGUGUUAUUUAUAAACAUUAUAUAUUAUAAAAACAAUAUAAAUACUGUUCAUUUUCUCACACAAACCGCUCGUUUCGUGUCUU